AUGUCAUCCACUGGCCAAAACAGAGUCUUGAUUGUAGGAGGAGGACUUGGAGGCCUGGCCCUCGCUCAAGGACUCAAACGUGCAAGGCCACCUGUACCAUUCCACAUCUUUGAACGCGAUUCAUCCGCAGACUUCCGUCCCCAAGGUUAUCGCAUUCGCAUAAACCCCGACGGCGCAAAUGCACUCCGGGAACUGCUCCCAGACCAUCUCUGGAAGGCCUACGAAGAUACCUGCGCCCUCUUCAACCCAGCCAUGAGCGGCCUAGAUGCUCUUACCGGCCAGGCAACAGUACCAUCUGGUGAGCGACGUGGUCCGCCUCCGAUGCUGGAGGGGAAGUAUUAUAACGCCGAUCGCGUUGUUCUUCGAAAUGUGCUUUUAGAGGGGUUGGAAGAUGAUAUCAGCUUUGGAAAGAAUUUCGAAAGCUAUCGUGUCACCAGUGGUGGUGUCGAGGUGACGUUUACAGAUGGCACUAAGGAAACAGGAGCUAUCUUGGUCGGCGCCGACGGGACCAGAUCUCAUAUUCGUCGGCAGCUGAUGCCGAAUUACACUGUCUUGGACACUGAGUGCGGAGCUAUCUAUGGAAAAACAUUCACCAAUCCCGAAACCCGAGCUUCUAUGGCCAAAGAAUUCUUCGGAGGAAUAUGUCUUGCUGGAGAUAGCAGCAAGCCUGGGCUCAAGCUCUUCACUGAUACAAUGGAGUUUCCACAAGCACUAAGCGCCGACGAAAGGACCAAGUACAGAGCGCCAGACGACUACGUGUACUGGGUCCUAUGCAUCAACAGAACCCUACUGGGAAUCGCAGCAGAAGAUCUCCACGGCCUCGAUGCUACGCAGUCUGUUGAGACGACAGUUGAGAUGACCAAGAACUGGCAUCCAACCGUCCGAUCACUGCUGCAGAGCCAGGACCCAUCUGCAUCGUCCACGCUUGCAUUCUUCGCAUCCUCUCCAGAGACAUUCAAGGGGGAGUGGGAUGGGCUGCUCAGAAGCCCUGAUGUUGCGGCAGUGACUUUGCUAGGCGAUGCAGCACAUCCCAUGACACCUGUUGGAGGCGUUGGAGCCAACUCUGCGUUCCAGGGAGCAGCAGACUUGUGCAGUAGCAUUAACCGUGCCUCUCUUGGUGCUGAAGCGCUUAAAGACUAUGCUAAGUUGAUGAUGGAGCGUGGUGAGAAGACGGUGGGACUUAGUGGUGGUGGCGCAGAGCAUAUGUUCCAGAUGAAGCCUUUCUCUGAGCUGAAGGUGGCAUCUCUAUAA